AUGGAAUUUGCAACACAGUCUGCCCAAAAUUUUGUACAUCGUUACUAUGUCUGUCUCGAAAAUGGACGAGACAAACUUCCAGAAUUUUACCGGCCUUCGAGUCUCAUUAGUUGGAACGGUCGUCCUAUGCAAUCUGCCGAUCUUUUAUCCAUGAUUACAAGCUUUCCACCUACGAAAACCAAAGUGGAAGAUUACGACUGUCAAAAUGUCAUGGGGUCGGUUGCCAAUCUGCUACUGAUGGUUUCUGGCAGUAUUCGAUUUGCAGAUAAAAAAGCCCAUAUUUUUUCUGACAACCUUGUUUUGCAACAAGAUGAAUCUGGUCAGUACUUCAUAGCCAGCCAAAAUUUUCGAAUUAUGAACGAAUAG